UGUCGUUGAAGCGAAGAUUGUUCUGUCUGUGGUUGCAGUUUUAGCUGUAAUAGCGUUCAGCAGACAGGACUUGCAUAAACCUUGGCGUUCACCGGGCAGAAGUUUCCACAUAUCCAGAAGAAAAGUUAGUUUGCUGUCAAAGUUGAGCUAAAGGAGAAUCAGAGAUGUGUGCUGCUCUCUACGUGCUGUCUACGGUGAUGGGGUAUGUGCUCACCUCUGCCUUGUUAUUGAAAUGCCCAACACUUCUGCAUCGGCGGAAGAGAGAGCCAUUCCUGAGCAGACACAUAUCCCAUCGUGGAGGGGCAGGUGAAAACCUGGAGAACACCAUGGCAGCUUUCAAGCAUGCAGUGGACCUUGGCACUGACAUGCUGGAGCUGGACUGUCACAUGACCAAGGACGAGCAGGUGGUCGUGUCACACGAUGCCAACCUGGAGAGGUCGACUGGCGUCAGUGCCCACAUCUCUGACGUGGCCUACGCCGAUCUGCCUCCUUACCUGUGCAAGCUUGGUGUGACUUUCCAGAGAGAAUGCGUCUGUGAGGGAGGGGAUGACAAACGCAUUCCUCUCCUCAGGGAUGUGUUUGAGGCCUUCCCUAAGACCCCUGUCAACAUUGACAUCAAGGUCAACAAUGACACCCUUAUCAAGAAGGUCUCUGAGCUGGUUGUGAAGUAUGACAGAGAACACAUCACUGUUUGGGGCAACUCUAGCAACCAGAUUGUGCAGAAGUGUUACAAGGAGAACCCUCGUAUCCCAGUGCUGUUCAGCAUGCGCAGGGUUCUAAUGCUGGUGGGUCUCUUCUACACCGGCCUUCUGCCAUUUGUGCCCCUCAAAGAGCAGUUCCUGGAGAUCCCCAUGCCCUCCAUCGUCACUAAACAUCUUAUGAGGGAUCCUGAUAAGAUGACCAAGAGUCAGCAUGUCAUCACCUGGCUGGCAGAUACCCUGCUGAUGAGAAGAGCUCUGUUCAAUCACCUAACAGCAAGGGGAAUACAAGUUUAUGUCUGGGUGCUGAACGACGAGAAGGACUUUAAGAGAGCCUUUGACCUGGGAGCCACAGGGGUCAUGACCGACUACCCCACAAAGUUGAGGGACUUCAUGGAGAAGAAUGGCACUGCUAAAUCACUAAAUAAACUAGACUGAAUGAUCUGCCAAAGUUGCCACUUCCCCACCACUAAAGCCAACUGACUUGUCAAACUAUCUCCAGACUCCAUGUAGAUACAGCACUGUUUGAACACCACCACAGGCAGCUAAGAUUAUUUGGCCCUUUGUCCUGCACGUCAACUGGGCAAUACGCCUUGUUAGUGUAUCUACUUUUACAGUAAGGUUUUGUUAUGUUUGAUUUAAUUUAACAUGGUCAGUUCAGAUGUUAAUCGUAGUUGAGGGAUAUUUGAUCCAAGAAGUGGUUCAAUAUUCAAGUAUGUCGUUGUGUUUUGCUGUUUGACAGAUAAUGCACACAUCUGUCUUAUUCAAGACUUAUUUCAGUGCCAGUCUGUUUGUGCUAUAAUGCCAUCUCCAUUGCUCAUAGUUGAGCCUAACAAUGAGUGAAAAGGAGUUGGCAUGAUAGCAAAAAUACUGGCAUUACAAUUAGUCUUGAAUUUAUGUAAUAGUAAAGUGAUAAUUAUUUUCACCUGCAGAAUCAAUAGAAUUGUAAGUGUUUUAGUUUUUGCAAUUUUAGAAAUAUAUAUAUUUUUUUAGUUAAAUAUUGAUUGUAAAAUUGUAUUGAAAUAUGAAAUGCAUUUGAAGUUUGGUCGUGCUGUAAAGACAACUCUCCAGAAAGGUGCAUAGACUUGUAUAAAACACGGGAAAGGGAUAGAUGUGUACAGUUACUGGAGUUAGAACAGGUGACCUAUUGAAAGGGCAACAGUCAGACGUUAUAUCAGGGAAAGAUGUUUAAUCAGAAUGAAGCCAUAGGACAUGGAAAAUGUAUGACAAUUCAAAGUGUUAGAAUUAAUGAUUAAAGUGAUUUUCUGGAUGUUUU